CCAUCACAGCGCAGCAGACACUCAUAAAAAUCGAAAAUACUCGCCUCUAUAAAAUGAAUAUAUCUUAUUCUAACAUUACUGGCGCGCAUUUACAUCAAUAAAAAUAUAUUAUGUAUAAAAAAAUGUGAAAUGUAUUAUAUGUAAGAGGUGGCAAUAUAAACCUCCGAAACAAUUCCGUUUCAUCUUCUCCUCUCUGCCAUUUCACCCCCAGUGUUUUCGCAUCUUUGUUCUGAUACUUUGUGCUGAGUGCCACCCUUGCCCUCGUUCUGAGAGGGUUUAGUCGCAGCCUCCCCUGUGCUAGGAUUUACUCUUUUUGCCAGUCGAGUGCGGACUCUCCCUCCUCCCAGUGUCGUGUGAGCAGUCGGAGGAGCUUGGAACCGCUAAGCUUAGCCCAGGAGUGGAGGUGACCGACAGAAGACUGUAUGGUUGCCCGGGAAAAAAGUUUGGGAUUUAAGAGCUCAGGGCCACUCUUGCCUCGUCACCCCCCCCCCCCCCCCCCCCCCCCCACUUUCCUUCUCCACUCCCCACACCAUCCCAAGCUGCGAGUGAGAAGACAAACACCAACGUUAAUUGCAGCCAGGAUUUGGGGAGUAGUAUUUCGACCAUACUGGGAACAUUAGAGGAAGAGAGGAAUUUCAUGUUAUCUUGGACGGGAUCUGGGAUCCGUCGACCAGUUACCUGCACAGCGCCUGGAAUUCUUGUCCUCGUCCUCCUCCGCUCGUUCAUGACCAGUUAGAUCCAUCCUCUGUGAAGAGUCAGUGAGAUCGCGCUGCCGCCUUGCAGAGACCAUGUUGGACGGGCUUAAAAUGGAAGGAAGUUUGCCGCAUUCGGCCCAGACUCCGAAUUCACUUCAUGGGCCCGGUGGAAAGGAGAGGGCAGUGUGCGAAGGCUGUGAUAGGGUGAUCUUAGACCGGUUUCUGCUGAGGGUGAAUGACAGCUUUUGGCACGAGCAGUGUGUGCAAUGUGUUGGGUGCAGGGAGCCCCUCACUACCACUUGCUACUACAGAGACAAGAAGCUGUACUGCAAACAUGACUACGAAAAGCUGUUUGCGGCUAAGUGCAGCGGCUGCGUGGAGACCAUUGCCCCCACCGAGUUCGUCAUGCGGGCCCAGAAGAGCGUUUACCACCUGCACUGCUUCUGCUGCUGUGUGUGCGAGAGGCAGCUACGUAAGGGCGACGAGUUUGUGCUGAAGGAGGGCCAGCUGCUCUGCAAGAGCGACUACGAGAAGGAACGGGAGCUGCUGAGCUUGGUCAGUCCGGCUGCCUCAGACUCAGCCAAAAGUGACGAUGAGGAAUGCGCUGACAAACUGGGGCAGCUACAGUGCAAAGGAGGCGAAGACUUCAAAGAUCCCAAGAGGCCCAAAAGGCCCAGGACUAUCCUCACCACGCAGCAGAGACGUGCUUUCAAGGCAUCGUUCGAAGUGUCCUCCAAACCCUGCAGGAAGGUCAGGGAGACGCUGGCAGCAGAGACAGGCUUGAGUGUCCGAGUCGUACAAGUGUGGUUCCAAAAUCAACGAGCAAAGAUGAAGAAGCUGGCUCGGCGACAGCAGCAACAACAACAGGACCAGCAGAACACACAGCGACUGAACACAGUCCCAGCGAAUAACUCCUCUAACCCCGGAAUGGAGACGAUGAUGAACCCUUACACAACCCUGCCUCCUCAGCAGCUCCUGGCUAUUGAACAGAACGGAUACAACACCGAUCCUUUCCGACAAGGCCUUACUCCUCCUCAGAUGCCAGGGGACCACAUGCACCCUUAUGGCAACGAAACCCUUUUCCACGACAUGGAUAGCGACACCUCACUCAACAGUCUAGGAGACUGUCUCCUAGCAACCACCGAGGCAAACUCCAUGCAGGCGAGGAUAGGAAACCCCAUAGACCGCCUGUACUCCAUGCAAAACUCCUACUUCACCUCCUGAAGUUGGCUCACGUUGGAAGGAGGAGAGGGGCUGAGUCCACUCAUUCAGACUGACGCCAUUCACGACUCUCCCCAAGACCACAGAAGGCGAUGGAUUAAGCCUGGAGCUCUACAAUGACUAGCUGAGGUACUCCUUUAACCCACCACCUCUUGCAACACCAACAGUGGCUGGGUUUGUUUCGACUCUGCCCACGAGAUACUCAGUGCAAGUGAUGCCAUGGAUGGUCCAAAUACAAGAAUCUCAGAGCCUGCAAUUGAGCGGUGACUUGAAUCUCCUCCCUUUCUCCCCAUUCCCCUGCUAGGAACGUCUUGAAGACCUAACUUGUGGCGAUCCCGUUAUUUAUCGAAUUCAGUUCUCAGACGGGGUUGGUGCAGCGUGUUCCAACAAAAACUCCAGCAAAACUCACACAGAAAGCUUCACUCUUGACCCUGCUUGGUGUCCCCCCCCCCUCCCCCCCCCCUCAUCCUUGCCUCCUCUACAGCCUCCGCACCCCUCCUCCAAGUCCAUCGGAGACCAACCUGUCUACAGAUCGUGGCGCUGGAUGGAAGGAGGGGCAAGACGGUUUCGAGGCUCUCAGCCAGAGGGGUCCAGGGGAAAAGGGAGACUUCAGCCAAGUUAAGGCAGCAUCAAGCAGGAGACAGGACCCAGGCUCGGAUGAGACAAAAUAGAACUUUAUCGGCACAAUUUGAACAUUAUGAUUUUACAAAGAUGACUUUAAUUCUACAGCUUUUACUAUUUAAUUACGCACUCGGUGCACUUAAGUUAUGAAACUGCUAUUCAUUUUUGUGUUUGUAAAUUGUUUGAAGAAGGAUCCUAAUUUUGAGUUAAUUUUUCUUGGGCCACAUUUGGUAAGAAUUAGCCAAUACCGUCUGAAGUGUUGUCAGGUGUAAAGGUCAAGCUCACCCCACUACCACCAUCAACCUCCCCCCCCCCCCCCC